CUCAACCUUUGAAAGGAAGUUUAUUUAGCUUUAAAUUAUGUAAUAUUUUUCGUCAUGUCUGCUAAAAUGGGAUAUUGUUGGCAUUAUGCAGUGGUAUAUACAUUCUGCUUCUUAGCUUUUUCAGCAGGCCAAAAUGUACAUGAAAUCGUGUGUGAACCAAAUCAGAUGCUGGAAGUGGAUGCAACCCAGUAUCCAAAAGGCAACUUGUACAGCCCUGGAAUCAAAGACGGAGAACCGUAUCCAGAUAGCACAAAAUGCGGUUUCCAGAUUAACGCAACGCCGGGAAAGAAUAUACGACUCAAAUUUAACCUGAUUGACAUCCAACGCAACAUGCUUUGUCGAGAGGAUCACUUACUAAUUAUGAAUGUGGAUUCCAAUAAUAGUGAAAGCUAUCUGACCGCAGCUGGAAUGUAUUGUGACAAUGUCGCGGUGCCAGAUUUAAUCUCGACAACUCAUCAAGUUCAAGUGAGAUUCCUUAGCGGAUUAUUCGGAUCAGGAAGAGGAUUCAACAUAACUUAUGCCGUCGUCUCAAGCAAAGAUCUCUGCCUUCCAGGGCAGUUUGAAUGCCGAAAUCGUAAGUGCCUUUCGAGGGAUUCCCUUUGCAAUGGGGAUGACGAAUGUGGAGACGGAACCGAUGAAGAAAAUUGUGAUUUGUCACCAGUUGUUCCUGAGACAUGUGGAACGCCAGAUAUUCAGCCAGCCAACUCAAGCGGACUUUUCGACAGGAUAGUUGGAGGUCGAGAAGUCAUCAGAGGCAGCUGGCCGUGGCAGGCAGAUCUCCAGACGAAUAUUCUGCUGCCAAAUGGUCACUUUUGCGGUGGGACUCUUCUAAACACGGAGUGGGUUUUUUCCGCUGCUCACUGCAUGCCAGGCAAUCGAAGGCCUUACGAAAUCAGAGUACAUCUCGGAAAUCAUCACAAAUACGAAAAGGAUCCCUAUGAACAAGUUCGAUAUGGCAAAGAAUAUUACAUUUUUGGAGUUGACACCGAACAAUUUAUAAAGGAUGGGGUCUAUGACAUCGUUCAUGACUUAGUUUUGAUCAAAUUGAACGCACCUGUAGUCAUCAGUCCUCAUGUUAAACCAGCCUGCUUACCGGAGCUGAACGAGGAGUUGAAGGUGGGACAAAAAUGUUACGCAACUGGAUGGGGCAUCACCAGGGGUUCUGGUGGUACAGAUGUUUUGAAACAAGCGUUUCAUCCCAUUCAAUCUGCACGUACAUGUGAUAAUGAGUUUCAAGAAUUUGUUAACAGUUCUAUGAUCUGUGCUGGACAGUUGAGGAAAGGAUUUGGUUUAUGCCAUGGUGAUAGUGGCGGGCCUCUUGUUUGCCAAAAGGGAGAAAAAUGGCAUGUAUAUGGAGCAGCAAGCUUUGUCAUCGACUCCAAUUUGAUAAGUGGAUUAUGUGGCAUACAAGACAAACCAACAGUUUUUAAUAAAUUGUCUGCGAAAAUGGAUUGGGUGAAGUCCAUAUUAGAAAGCAACAAAUAGGAUAAACAACAUUUUUGAAAACAUAUUUCGAAAACCAACCACAUUCUCAAAACGAGAAACAGAAUAUAUUUUUUAAUAGGAACUCUUUGAUAUAGCAUUAGUUUUUUUAAUGGCUCUUAUAUUCGUUAUUUUCAAAGUCAAAUAUCUGUUUAGAUGUACCUGUAAUUGAAUACAGAGUUUGUAUAUAGAAUAAUACUUAUGUUGUGCAUACAUUGAUUCAUUAUAAGAUAAGUGUAAAUAAAUAUU